AUGUUUUAUCAGACUGACGAGCGAUACACUGGCCGUUUCAAUGCAACCAGUUCGCUGCAGAGCCCGGUGUCCGGAAUCGUACGCUGCGCCGCAAACAACUCGAAAGGCGUUCUUGAAGUCGAAUCACUCUACGUAAAGGAUGGCGAUGCGCCAUUGGUACUAAAGCGCACUUAUCCACACACCACCGUCUAUCCCUCUGAUUCCGUGAAGUUGACGUGUAUGGCCAUCUCAAAUGACACGACGGGGCAAUUCCGUCUGGCGCAUGACAAGAAGAACGCUUGGAUCAACGCAGGACGUACUAAAAAUGUGCCGAGCGAAAAGUACACCUUGCAGAAGAACUUUACCAUAGCCAAAAUAAGUACCACAACGACUGCUCGCUGUGAGUUUAAGCUGAGCAAUGGGACGGUUUAUAAAGCGGAUCUAACGAUACCGGUUCGAAUGCCGAUUAAACCGUACUUGAUAAAUUCGUCUCCAGGAAUAACGAACUACGCGCUGAACGACACAUUUAAUGGGGAAGUCGAGUUAGAGUGUGACGCCGACGGUGUGCCAAAACCGGUGAUUGGAUGGUUUAGAAACGAUCAGCUCAUACCGGGCGUUGUUGGCACAAAGUACAGUCUGAACGUUACGACAAGCGCGAUCCUUUCGAAGGUGAACUGUAUGGCGUACAGCUUCAUGGGAACGGUCAACAAAACGUGGAUUUUCACCGGGAAGAACUAUCUCCAAACCCAAAAGACUCCUUUCGACGUCGUCAAAGAGAAUGCGACAUACAUCAUCCUGUUCGUAUCGUUGCUCACGGUUUCGGUGCAGCUGCUAACCAUCAUGCGGAUGGCAAGCCGGCGCCGAGAUGCGAAGAGGUCUGAUCGCUGCGGGGAAUCGUCCAUCGUUCCACCCCAGUACGAGAUCGAUAAGGAGAAGCUCAAGUUCGGCAGGAGACUUGGCCAGGGUGAGUUCGGUGUCGUGGUACUGGCGGAAGCGACCAACAUUAAGGAUUGUGAACCGACCACGACGGUGGCGGUGAAAAUGAUCAAACGGAACAAGCAGGAGGACACCGUGAUCAAGAUGCUCAUCUCGGAGGUGAAGAUGAUGGUCCAUGUUGGUCAGCACCUGAACGUGGUGAACCUGCUCGGUGCCGUCACGAAGAACAUUCAAAAACGGGAGCUAAUGCUUAUUUUCGAAUACUGUCGGCACGGCUGCCUACUGGACUUCAUGCAGAAAAAUACGGAACGCUUUGUCAACUGCUUGGACACGUUGUCCGCGGCCUGGAAGACCCGGAUCCAGCGUGAGAACUCUUCUGAAUGGGACCCCGCAACUGACGAGUUCAACACGAUCGAUUUAAUUUGCUGGGCGACUCAGAUCGCGCACGGCAUGAAGUACCUCGCGUCCAGAAUGGUCAUUCACCGGGAUCUGGCUGCCCGGAACAUCCUGCUCUGUGAGAACAACGUGGUCAAGAUCGGUGACUUUGGUCUGGCACGGUCGAUCCAAACCGGCAACAGCCAGUAUAAGAAGUUUAGCGACGAUCCGCUGCCGAGCAAGUGGUUGGCGAUCGAGUGCAUUACGAAACGCGUCUUUAGCACCAAGACCGACGUCUGGGCGUACGGAGUGCUGCUGUGGGAGUUGUUCUCGCUCGGCAUCCAGCCGUAUCCGGGAAAGGAUGCUGACCAGGAGCUGUUCCAGCAGAUCAUCGACGGAUACCGCAUGGAGCAGCCGAGGUACGCCAGUGAGGAUCUGUACGACAUCAUGAUCACUUGUUGGUACGUGAACGCCACCUUACGUCCCUCGUUCGAUUCUCUGUGCAUUACGUUCAACAACAUGCUGCCGGUAGAGAUGCGCGAUCAAUACCUUGCCAUGAACAGUCCAUAUUUGAUAGCUAACCAGAAGAAUUCCAACUACAUCAUUGCUAUAGAGAGGUCACCGAAUGCCCCACUGCACCCUUGGAAAGAAGUCACGUCCGACAUGGCGCUCGCUGUGGUUCUCUGGUUCGCACUGUGCCUUCUCCGGCUGCUACCCCACACCGAUGGCUUCCCCCGCCCGGCCGGAAGAGGGGCAAAUCCCACGCACACGCCGGCAGGAAACACGCUUCUGCAGCGUUCGUCGCUCAGGGACGGUUCCGGGGUCAACCGGAACCUCGGGUCAAUCGAGCAGCUGAAGCCGAAGCGCCCCAAGCGUAACCUCGACGUCGUUGGCGGCAUACUGAAGACGAUCGGGCUGGACGUGGAUCUCGGGGGGCCUCAGCUGAGCUUCAACGCACCGAACGUCACCCUGGACACGCCGGUCGGGCAGAUCGGAUGCAUCGGCGGUACGAUCGGUAAACGGGAUCGACGCCAUGACCAUCGGCCCAACAACGCCGAGUCGCUCGGAAGCGACGAGAAGGGCUCGUCUGACGUGUCGUUCUGA